AAAUCCCAUUUCUCUCCUCGUAGUCCACAAAUUUCACAUAUUUUAACUUCGCAGUUGAAAGUUGAAACACCCGCGUCUUGCUGCAACACUCUACUAAGCGCUAAACUCACCUGCUGGUUGUUGAGUACAAAUGGUUGCACUACUCACUUUGUUCACAAACCCAAUCCUUUCUUCUCCAUCUUCUUGUUCUUCUUCUUCUACUACUCUUCUUCUACACCCUCCAAUCCCUCCCACAACUGUUCACUUUUCACUCUCUUCAGUUUCAGCUUUCCAUCCCCACGAAUGGUUCUCUAUCUCAAAGUUCAGUAAAGCCUCAAGAAACGAGCUCAAACCGCUAUUUCCCCAACUGGGUCUUCGACCCACUAGACAUAUCUCAAUCCAAUGCAGUUGCAUCAACUCCCCCGCCAAUCUUCACACUGAUAUAGGGAUUCUCUUUCCAUUCUUCAGAGAACUUGGACUUGAAGAUAAAGAAACUGAAUUAGUCUUGGACAAAAACCCAACUCUUGCAUUGACAUCUUUGGAUUCAAUACGUGCUCGGGUUCGUUCUUUGCUAUCACUUAGAAUCGAUAGCCUUACACUUAGUUACUUGAUUGUCAAAUGUCCUAGUGUGUUAACCGCUGAGGAAAUUGAUCCAUUUAUAUGUUUUGUGCGUGAUGAAUUGGAAAAUAAGAUUGAGCCCAUGCAGCUCAAGCACCUUUUGACUACCGCGGAUCCUAGAUUCUUGGUGGGUUUUGAUAAAAAGGUUAAAUUGCUUCUUGAUCGUGGAGUUCCGAGUGAAAAGAUUGGUUAUGUGCUCAACCAUGUCAAGUUAGCUAAAGCAGUGUGUCUUAGGCCAAUUGAAGAGAUCGAUAGGACCAUUACAUUUUUUAUCCCAUAUGGCGGUAUUGAUUUGAUUGUAAGGCGUCCGGAAAUUCUUAAUUAUAAUUUGGAAAGUCAGUUGAUACCUAGAAUUGGGUUCCUUUUGGAUCUUAGUGGGGGAGAUAAGGAUGCCACAGGGAAUGUGGUGCGUAGGCUCCCAAUGAUUUUAAGUUACAGUGUGGAGCAUUUGGAGGGCCAUGUAGAGUUCUUGAGGUCAUUUGCUGGCCUAAAUAAUCAGGAAAUUUUCAAGAUUUUUCUUGUGUUCCCAAGUGUGGUUAGUGCUAGCAAAGAGCGGAAAUUGCGUCCCAGGAUAGAGUUUCUCAAGCAAUGUGGGUUGGAUUCCAACGAUAUUUUCAAGUUCUUGAUCAAAGCUCCCUUGUUUCUAGGCCUUUCAUUUGAUAACCUCAAUUAUAAACUAGUGUUUUUGGUGAAGAUUGGGUAUAAAUAUAGGACAAGGGACAUGGCAAUGGCAAUGGGAUCUGUGACCAGGACAAGCUGUGAGAAUUUGCGAAAGGUAAUUUGGCUAUUCUUGAGUUAUGGGUUGUCUUACAGUGACAUUGUUUCCAUGAGCACGAAGCACCCACAGAUACUGCAAUACAAUCAUAGUUCUUUGGAGGAGAAGAUGGAGUACUUGAUAGAGGACAUGGGUCGUGAAGUUGGAGAAUUGUUGGCUUUUCCGGCAUUCCUUGGUUACAAGCUUGAUGAGAGAAUUAAGGUUAGGUAUGAGGCAAAGAAGAAGAUUACUGGAGAAGGAAUGUCAAUCAAUAAGCUGUUAACUGUUUCGACUAAGAGAUUCUUGACAAAGAAGAAAGAGAAAAAAUUACUACAUGCAGUCGAGAAUCUAACUUGCGAUGAAGCUACUUGUGAUGUAUGCGAAUUCCCUUUUUACUAUGUUAGCUGGUGCAGACAAUUGCAACUUGGGGAGUACAGAAAAUUGAGAUGAUUCUUCAAACAAUGGAAGACUUGAAAGGUAUGAAGCUUGAGCAGUAGGAAAUCUGCUCUGGGAUAAGCUUUAUUAUGCUCACAUCAAUAUUUGAAACUGACUGUAUAUUUAUCUUUGCUAUGUUAAGAAAGAAGCUGGUUUCUUCUUUCUUCUGUCUCUCAAUUAUUUGUUUCCUUUCUUUCUAGCAACCGUUAGUGGGAGGGAUAAAAAAUUCUUUGAAAAUAUGUCUUAUUUUCAUCCACUAACCUGAAUUAUUACAAUGGAAUUGACUUGUGGAAUAGACCAUAAUGCUCUUAUUUCUGAAAGUUUGGCUCUUCUGAAUUUUGUUUCCCCCACAACAGGACCAUCAACCUGACCGUCGGCAAAUGUUCAUUGUAAAGAGCCCACUCAUGUGCACCUUUAUUGAAUAGAUACAUUUAUGAUGUUUCUCUAACAUCCAGUGCUGUCAUGGAAGUUGGAUGCCUUGUAUUAGUUGUAUGUAAACCAAUGGACUGGUUGGUUUAGAUUGUUAAUGAUAUGAGAUUGCAUCUUAUGA